GAUGAGAUCAUUUGAGGAUUUCUACUCACUCGCAGCGAGAAUCCAAAAUGGCGUGGCAACCAGAGGAGAGCGGGCUUCGGCAAAUUCUGCUGUUGUUGAAAGAAUCACAGUCUCCUGACACUGCAACGCAAAGAGCUGUUCAACAAAAAUUGGAGGAACUAAACAGGUACCCAGACUUCAACAACUACCUGAUAUUUGUUCUGACCAAACUGAAAACAGAAGAUGACCCUACACGAUCACUUAGUGGCCUAAUUUUGAAAAAUAAUGUGCGUGCACAUUUUGAAAAGUUUCCACCUGAGGUGACCAAUUUUAUUAAACAAGAAUGUCUGAGCAGCAUUGGGGACCCUUCUCCACUUAUUCGAGCCACAAUUGGCAUCCUCAUAACUACCAUCGUGGCAAAAGGAGAACUAAGAAACUGGUCGGAACUCCUUCCUCACCUUUGCCAGUGUCUUGAUUCAGAAGACUACAGUGUCUGUGAGGGAGCUUUUGGGGCAUUGCAGAAGAUUUGUGAAGAUAAUGCAGAGACUCUUGACAGUGAUGCUGUAAACCGCCCACUUAACAUACUUAUCCCUAAAUUCCUUCAAUUUUUCCGCCAUCAAAGCCCCAAAAUAAGGUCUCACGCCAUUGCCUGUGUGAAUCAGUUCAUCAUUAGUCGUACACAGGCACUCAUGGUACACAUUGACACUUUUAUUCAGAACUUGUUCUUCCUGGCAAAAGAUGAUGACACUGAAGUGAGAAAAAAUGUUUGCCGGGCUCUUGUGAUGCUGGUUGAAGUUCGCAUGGAUCGACUUAUGCCUCAUAUAAAUCAGAUCAUUGAGUACAUGAUGGAAAGAACUCAGGAUGUAGAUGACAGUGUGGCUCUGGAGUCAUGCGAGUUCUGGCUUUCCCUCGCUGAGCAGCCAGUGUGCAGGGAUGUUCUAAAUCCAUAUGUUGACCGUCUGCUGCCUAUCCUUGUAAAAGGCAUGAAAUACUCAGAAAUUGACAUCAUUUUGCUGAAGGGUGAUGUUGAAGAGGAUGAAAUGAUCCCAGACAAAGAAUCUGACAUAAAACCACGGUUUCACAAAACACGCACUCACAGUCAGAAGCGACAAGAAGAUGGCACAGAUGAGGAUGGAGAAGGAUCUGAUGAGGGUUAUGAUGAUGAUGACAGUCUCUCCGACUGGAAUUUGAGAAAGUGUUCUGCAGCUGCACUUGAUGUUCUAGCUAAUGUUUUUCAUGAGGAUGUUCUGCCAGUUUUGCUGCCUAUUUUGAAGGCGACGUUGUUCCAUUCAGACUGGGAGAUCAAGGAAUCUGGUAUUUUAGUGCUUGGAGCUAUUGCUGAAGGUUGCAUGAAUGGUAUGGUGCCCCAUCUACCAGAAUUGGUGCCUUACCUUAUUGGCUGUUUGUCUGACCGCAAGGCUUUGGUUAGGUCCAUCACCUGCUGGACACUUUCUCGGUAUGCCCACUGGGUAGUUGGACAGCCACAUGAUCUGUACCUGAAACCCUUGAUGACUGAGUUGCUGAAACGAGUUUUAGAUGGCAACAAAAGAGUUCAAGAGGCUGCAUGCUCUGCGUUUGCCACCCUCGAGGAAGAGGCCUGUACAGAGCUGGUGCCCUACCUAGGUUUUAUCUUGGAAACAUUGGUCUUUGCGUUCUCGAAGUAUCAGCACAAGAAUCUGCUUAUCCUGUAUGAUGCUAUUGGAACACUUGCUGAUUCUGUUGGGCAUCAUUUAAACAAGCCAGAAUACGUAAAUCUUCUCAUGCCACCGUUAAUUCAGAAGUGGAACAUGCUGAAAGAUGAAGACAAAGAUCUUUUUCCUCUUCUGGAGUGCUUGUCAAGUGUAGCAACUGCUCUUCAGUCCGGGUUCUUACCAUAUUGUGAACCAGUGUACCGUCGGUGUGUGUGUCUGGUGGAGCAGACUCUCAACCAAAACUAUGCAAACUUGUCUCAGCCAGACCAGUAUGACCCUCCAGAUAAGGACUUCAUGAUUGUUGCUUUGGACUUGCUCAGUGGACUAGCAGAGGGCCUAGAGCAACAUAUUGAAGGCCUAGUAGGAAAUUCUAGCAUUCUGAAGCUCCUGUACCAGUGCAUGCAGGAUCCAAUGCCAGAAGUCAGACAGAGUUCAUUUGCUCUUCUUGGGGAUUUGACAAAGGCAUGUUUUCAGCAUGUUCGACCAUGCAUACCUGACUUUAUGCCCAUCCUAGCUGCCAACCUGAAUCCGGAAUUCAUUUCUGUGUGCAAUAAUGCAACAUGGGCCAUAGGGGAGAUAUCAAUCAAAAUGGGCCAGGACAUGCAACCAUCAGUACAGAUGGUACUGCCACCUCUGGUGGACAUAAUCAACCGUGCCAAUACACCUAAGACACUGCUUGAAAACACUGCCAUAACAAUUGGGCGUCUGGGGUUAGUUUGCCCUCAGGAUGUUGCUCCCCAUUUACACCAGUUUAUAAGGCAGUGGUGCACAUCUCUGCGAAACAUUCGCGACAAUGAAGAGAAGGAUUCUGCUUUCCGAGGUGUGUGUCUCAUGAUUGGUGUGAAUCCAGCUGGCGUUGUGCAGGACUUUAUUUUCUUCUGUGAUGCCAUAGCAUCUUGGAUGCAUCCAAAGCCAGACUUGAAGGAAAUGUUCUACAAGAUUCUUCAUGGUUUCAAGACUCAAGUUGGAGAGGAAAACUGGGCGAAGUUUUCUGACCAGUUCCCUCAACCCCUUCGUGAAAGGCUUGCUUUAAACUAUGGUGUGUGAAGCAGCGCCUGUGUCACAGGAUAGAUGAGGGGGUCUGUCAAUGGUGCCACCAGCCGCCAGUCUGCGCAGUGGAUGCCACCGGGGCCAGGGGAUGCAGGGCCGGGUACCGGGAAACAAGUCGGGACCGGGAUCAGGGGCCAGGGUGGGCCAGUUAAGAGGGGGGAAACUGCAGCACAUGCGGCAGGCGAAGUUCCUGGCAGAGGCAGGAGGAUGCAUUUUGCUGCUCCUUGAUGCUUACCUGCAUGCUGAGUGCAGCACAUUAUUACUUAAUGGCCUCGCUGUGGGUGGGACGCGAAUUGGGAUGGGUAGAUAUUCGUGUAACGUGUCACUGUGUUAAAAGGGGGACCUUAACACAAAAUGUUACGUGCAAGGGAAAGAGGAAUUUAAAACAGUCCUCACCGUUUGAUACCUGUCUUUUUGUCAACCCCCUUUUUUGUCAUGCAUGUCGGCAGUCCUCUGGGUAGGUCUGUUUUAUUUGUCCAGCCCAUGUGUCAGCUUACCUAGUGUGCAUAUCAGAACACAAAUCACGUUUACACGUAAGUUAUUGGGUGUUUUACCUAAUUUUUUUUCCAAUUUAGGCAAAACUUUGUCCAAAGAUUGGCAUGAGUUUGCUUUCUAGUGUGCAAAAAUCUUGUAGAUUCAAGAAUGGAAAUUUUAACAGUUGCAGUGCAGUUAAAAACGAGCUUUGCUAAUAAUAUAUAGUAGGUCUGAUGAUCUCUAGAAGAGACUAUGCUAUAGCCAUAUCAUUUGUUAAGAUUUCUUCACAUUCUGCCACUCUUUAUUUUUGAUAUAUUAGACUAAAUUAAGGAGAAGCCUUUCAAAAAUGAUGAUGGUCUGCAGCUUGCAGCAUCAGCAGUGACUUUUAUUACUGAUAUUAUUGCAGGUUGUGCAAAAGACUUUGUAGUUUUAAGUUAAUCUCUAGUUGGGAAGAGAAUAAACACUACAGGCUUGUGUGUCAAUUAGGAAGAUGUACAACUGAUAAGUUCAUCACCUGCAAUGUCUUGAAGGAAAUUACGCAGGGGAAAAACUAAGACUUUGGAUGGGUUUUAAAGGCUAACCCAGGCUUUGCAAAAUGAUGGUGGGGGGGGGGGGUAGUGUGUUAUAAGAUUCUAGUCCUCAUCUGUUUCAUUGCAUGAUGUUUCGUCAUACUUUAAAAUUAUCACCUUUAUUUUUGAAGAAAGUUUGAAGUUAUUUUGUUUGCUAUUAAGGUAAUGCCUUGUUUACAUGUGCUCCAAGCUUACAUUAGUUGUAGCCUUGGAACCUUCAAUAAUAGAUGUAGACAAUGCCAUAUGAUGCUUUGUAGCCCACCCUUCAAAGAAAGUGCUUUUACUUUUGACAAAUAGCAGCCACAUUUUCAGAAACUCUUAACUUCUUGGGUUAGCCUUGACAUUUAUGAAUACUGAAUAGUUGAGCUCAAAAUUGCAUGAGUUUUUCCAAACUGAUAAGGCCAAAGAUUGGCUUUUGUUUCAUAAUGAGAAGGCAGCUUUUCAAGUGGCUUAAAGUUUUAGUGCAAGUAUGGAUUUUUAUGUCGUUUAACAUUUUAUUUUUAUGACUUAAAGCAAAAGCUUCCCUUUAGAAUCUUGAUUAUUGGAUGUAGAGGCUUCAAACAUUUUUUAAAAUUAUCAGUUAGCUCAUAGGAAAAGCAACUGUGCUGCAUAUUAUUGUUAAAAUGCGAUGCUCAUUUUCGACUCGCAUUGGUGAUAAUUCUCUCCCUUUUGCCAAACGAAUGGAAAGUGUGAAUAACAUUUCAAGCUGCACCUUAACAUAAUGCAUCACAAGAGCUUUGUGAAGAAUGUAAUUAAGCUUUUGAAUAGAAGCUUUAAACUAGCUUACGUUGUAGUGCACUUUAAAAGACAUUUGUUAAAAAAGGUACUCGGUUUUAGAAUACACAUCAUUGUCCCACCCAAGAGGCUUAGGCCUAAGCAUGGCGCGCGCACACUAAACAUAAGGGCUUCGAUUUGUGCUGGUUUGUGAUUCAUCAGCAGUUCACUUUUUUCCGAUCUCGACAGACAUGAACCGGGGAAGACACGAUGAAUCUGAGCUAGUCCCACCUCAGCUGUGGUUAUGCAUAUUUUUUAAAAUUAUAGAUUGCCAUUCACCAUCCAAACGGCAAUCAUAUUUUUCUUAUGAAGGCAUGAGCAGUGUCUGGUUUUUUCUUGCCAAAGCAUGGUCCAUCACAGGUGAUUGGACGCAGUUCACUUUUCAGAGUGUUAACUGCACACAAAGCAUUGAGCAGUUUGGCCUUUGACACUUUUUGCUCAGCUUGUAUUUAUCUUAUUCCACAUCGUUCCUUACACUUCACUGGUGCUGUUAAACCAGAUGGGUAAACAGGAUUAGUGGCUGGUCCAUAACAGUCCUGUUGUGAUCACAGCCCUAAACCAGUUGAAGUUGUUUUCUUCCGCUUUUUAAAGUGGUCAGCUCAAUACGUAUGCAGUAUGGUUGUAAGUAUGCAUGCUUUCUUAAUGACUGGCAAAAUUUGGGGAUGAAGUAUCAAAGACAGCAUUAGCGUUUUUUUAAAAGUUGUAAUAACCUUGGAGCAAGAGUACUUUGUGUUGCUGGCACAGCAUAAAGCUCUUGUCAAGUUUUCUAAAGUUGUCUUGCAAAAAAGUUUAUCGUAUUUGUAUAGUUGCAUUUAGAAUUUUCAUAGCUUGAUAAGAAAACUGUAGUCCUUUUAUUCCGGCAGCUAACAGUUUACAAAUGUUUAAUGAAAAGAGGGAAGUGUUUGGUAAUCAAAAGUGUACUGAUAAUGUGGUGGAAAAGUUGACAGUGUAAAUGCAUUUUGGCUGACAAGUGAUGGUAACGAGGUAAGCUGCAUCAUUGAGCUUGUCUGCACUUUAAAAGACGAAAGAAAGCGAUAUAAAUGUUGGUACUUAUUUAUGGUUUAUUAUUUUAUGAAGUUGUGAUUAAUUAUAUGAUAUUUAUUUGUGAUGGUCUCUAGUUAUUUCACUUAAUGAUUGGGUUAUGAAGGCGUGUCUGCUAACGAAGGGGUCUUGUCUGUCGGUUUGCCUUUACUUUCUGAGUUGUUUCGUGAAGUGUGGUAAGAUGAGUGUUAAUGUCACGUAGGAAGAGGGCUGAAUGUUGGGAUUUCCCCAUAAAUUUUCCAUUGUCUAGCAUCUGUACUUAUUCAUUUUGUUCAAUGUCAAUUGUUUAUGUUCGGAUGUUUUAUUUGAAAUGUGAUUUUUGUGCAUCAUGUUAGUAAUAAAUUGGGGAUAUUGUACUGA